CUGUGGCGGCCUGACCCGGUGUCCGGGUAAGAUGGCCGCGGUGGGUGAGUGCUCGUUCCCAGGUCCAUGGCGGGCAGUCUCUCUCACUCACGUCGAAUAUCCUGCAGGUGAUUUCUCUGGUCAACUCUUAGCCUACUUGAGUCUUAGUCCAAUUUUUGUCAUUGCUGGCUUUGUCACACUCAUCAUAUUCAAGAGAGAGCUUCACACGAUCUCUUUCUUGGGUGGACUGGCUCUCAAUGAAGGAGUGAAUUGGUUAAUAAAGAACAUUAUCCGGGAACCACGGCCCUGUGAAGAAGCCCAUUCAACAGUGACCACAAAAUACGGGAUGCCAUCCAGCCACUCCCAGUUCAUGUGGUUUUUCUCUGUCUACUCGUUCCUGUUCCUUUAUUUAAGAAUGCACCAAACAAACAAUGCCAGGUUUCUGGAUUUAUUGUGGCGACAUGUCCUGUCCAUCUUGCUGGUGACAGUGGCCUUUCUAGUCUCUUACAGUAGGGUUCAUCUGCUCUACCACACUUGGAGCCAGGUUGUAUACGGAGGUGUUGCAGGCAGCAUCAUGGCUGUAGUCUGGUUUGUCUUCACACAGGAGAUUUUAACUCCUCUGUUUCCAAGGAUAGCUGCAUGGCCAAUUUCAGAGUUCCUUUUAAUCAGAGAUACUAGUCUCAUUCCCAACAUCCUGUGGUUUGAAUACACUGUCACCAGAGCAGAGGCAAGAAACAGACAGCGCAAGCUGGGCACAAAACUUCAGUGACUCAAGGCAUGGGAACUAGAAUGCAUGAUUUAAUGGAGAAGGACAAGACUAGAGACCUGUACAGACCUGGGAGCAGCAAGGAGCUUUUUAACAGACGGACCAAAGGAACAGGCAGGGACCACACCCAGAGCUCGGAGGCUUUUGCUCUGGCUUUUUGCAGCUAGCUGGAUGCUCCCUGAUGCAUGUGGGACCGUGCAGGAGCAGAACUUCAUUUAUACCACAAAUGCGCAUUGCCAGUUGGAAUGUACUAUCAUGUCUAAGUUGGGGGAGGGGGGAACAAUACCUGGUAUCUCAUUUGGGGGAGGGGAAGAAAAUAGUGACUUUCUUUUUCCAGCAUGAAAUAUACACACUAUUUAUUUAUUUUAUUUUUUUUUUUUAGAAAUGGAACUAUUAUUUUUGGGAUGGGUGAGGUGUUGAUUGUGUGUGUUGGGAGAAGACAAAACUAAUCUCAGUUGAUCAUGCUUAAUUUAGGUUUUUUAAUUUUUUGGGAGGGGCAGAGAGGGAAGGAAGACUUGUUUCCUUUCUGCAACAGUUUGGGAGACCUGAAAUCAAUUCCAGCUGCACUUUGUAAGGAUCUAAAGAAGGAACUGAAGACUUGCUUUUAACACUAGUGACAUUUCUGCGUGCAAACCUACACGGAUGCCAUUAAGGGUGGGUGGGUGGAGGGGUGUGUGUGUGGGUGUGUGUGUGUAAACACAGAGGAAAAACUAAAAUAUACUAAUUUUUUUUUUCCAUUGCUGUUCCUGUUGUGUAAUUAGUAAGAUUGCUCAUUUGGGCCCCCACGUUUAAGUGCCAGCCACAUAUCAUCAUAUUACAUUAAUACUUUUGUUAGAACCUGUACAAACUCAGCUGCUGAACUUAAAUCAAACUGUUACUGAUUAUUUAAAAUUUAAAUAGCAGUGGCUUUAACUGGUAGUUAAGAUACCACAAGUGGUAUGCGAGUAAGGAUUAGGCCCAAGUCAUUGUAAAACUUUAUGUAUGAAUAAGGUGACUUCUAAUGGUCAGUUCAUGCCCCCUAAGCCUGAUGGGAAGACAAAUUUACUAGUGAAAUAUUAAAAAAACCCCAAAAAAACAAAAAACAAAAAUUAAUGCGAAUAAGUACUAAUGACUAGCUUGGGUACUGGUGAAAUUGCUGUUGAAGAGCCCAGUAAGGUUGAUAUGCAGGGUGUUGCUGUUCUUCCGUGCUGGAAGCAGCAAACCUUUCUCACAUGGGUUUAGUUUUGAUUCUGCAAUAGCAGCUUAGAAUACAGAACUCCUCCUGCCAACUGUAAUUUGCCCAAACUUGUAAAAGCACUUAUUGGAAUGACUGUCCUCUUCUGGAGUUCUAGACACAGUAAGUUCUGCUGCAAGCUGUCUGGAUGCCAUUCCCUUUGCAUGCGUUGUUUAGCGCACUCACACUGCAGGCACUUGCAUCCUCUGCAGUGUGCUGGUAAAUAUUUUUGAGGGGAAUCACCCCAUCCUUGACUCAGCAGUGCUCCCUGAAUGUACUUCAUAGCUGUGCAAAGACUGUUCUAUUCUACUUGGCCUAUAAUCAAGCAAUUCCUAUGAAGUCCCAUAAUUUUUUUUUUUUUAAUUAGGCUACGCAAGGUUAUGGUUGGCUUGAAGCCUUCCUGGGGUUUAACCCAGCUGUUCAUCUGCAUUAAACAAAAGGCGGUUGGCAUCCGUAUGAUAGUUAUGUUUGGUAGCUGUGUGCAUAAGUCUUUCUGCAUGCUUGCUAGGCUUCCAUUAAAAAGCAACUCUUGCUUCAUAUAAAAGUCUGGUAUGUUUGAUGCACUUUUUGCUCAUAUCUGAUCAUCUUUGUAUUUCUCGACCACCUUAAUUUAAACACAGCAUUUCUAAGAUUUCAUCUGUACCUGUUGCUAUGAUCCUGUGUGCCCCUGGUGAAAGUUGACUGCUGUAGAAACUGUCCUGCCUAAAUCAGAGGGUUAACCCCAGGAAGAGGUGAGCCUUUUAAACCUGAUGCAGAGAUUAAGAAUGACAACCAUUUUUAAAAACUUUAAAAAAGUAAACAUUUAAAUAUAUUUAAAGACUGUAGCGGCUCAUUAAGAUUGCUCUAAUCCUUAAUUUAAAAAUUUGCUCUUGGGAUAAACUCAAACCAAUUUCAUAGUCAUUGCAGUGGUCUAGUGAAAACUCCCACUGGAAAAGCUCUGUCACUUACUUGGAAAAACCAUUAGUUUUAUAUGUAGGAUCUUGGCGUGAGCUGUAUAUAAGGUCUGAUUCAGUGCAUGCUGAAGUCAGCAGGAGUCUUCCCACUUAUUUCAAUGGGAUUAGGCCCGUAACUAUUCCAUCUAAAAGAAGCCAAGUGAGUAGAUAAAGUGCAGGAAAAGAAUGUGCUGGUAGUUCAAUAAGCCAGGUACUAGGACAGCAUAGCUACUUGAAUGGGGCAUCAAGCUGGGAAAUUAAGAACAGUUGGCUGUGUUUUGGCUCCAUGCUCCUCAGGCAACUGUUUAUAAGUAAAAUUUUCAAUUCCCCUCCAUUUCUCCCCUCUGCUAAAUCAAGUAAGUCCAAAAGAGGCAGUUUAGUCCUUCCCAAGGAUGAAGCAGUAAAAAAGUAAAUAGAGGUAACUAACUCUCCCCUGACCUCUCCAGUCCAGGUCUCAAAUGUGACUGUCUCUGUGGAUCAUGUUAAACAAGUAGUACAUCUCAACCUGUUUAAGGGAAUCCCUUGGAGAAGAUGGAGGCGUGUGUGCCCUUCUUCACUCUAGCGUAGCUGCUGCCAUAUCUGCCCAGUCCUUCAGAAUGUUUACUGUAGUUCGGGGAGGCAGAAUUUCCAUAAUGCCCUCAUGUCAUCAUGGCUAUAAGUUAUACGGUGUUGGAGAAGAGAAAGUAAUGGCUAAAAUCAGACAUCCAGUAUUGAAGGGAGAAGGCUACCUACAGUUCCCUGAAUGAUAGAAACCAUUUCCUCUAGAACAACCCAUAACUUUCCAAUGAGAUGAUCUCUGCCUCCUCUCUCUUAUUCAGAGACUGGUGUAGAGAUACUAAAGCAGUAAAAGAAAAUAUGGUGUGUAUGGUCCAUUCUUCCUGUCCCAGGAUGAACAUCCUUCUAUAAAGACACAGUUGUCAUUUAAUUUACUCCUUCAGCAAAGACUUAAGGCUUCUGGGAAGCAUGUAGACUUUUAUUUAUGAUUAAAUUAACUGGAAGAACAUUUCAAUCUCUGCAAGACACUGAUUACAAUAUCAAAAAUAACAUUUAAUACAAUUAACUAUCAGAGCAUGCAAACAGUCCUGACUGAUAUCAACUGCACCGACAGUCCCAGAGUUAAUUGUACAUUAUAAAUCUACAGAUCUCUAUUCAGUAAAUCAAUAGUUUUAUUCACAACUUUUAAGCAGAUUUUCAAGGCUAGCUCCUAAAUACUCUGACCACAAGCUUCUUUUGGUUAAAGGAGCAGAGUAUAAAGAAUAAAUGACUCUGCACUCAUUAACUAAUCCUUGUGAGGAGAGAAGGGCAGAGAGUCAAGAAGUGAUGAGUUGGAGGAACAUCACAGCUUGACGUUGACACCAAGAGAAUGCCAUAAUACUUUUUAAAAUGAUAAAAAUUCCUGUAAACAGUUUUUAAAAAUAAAAAAGCAGUUCCUUUCUUCAUCCUAACUUCUGCCACUAACAGAGAAUGCAUGGGAUAGAUAAGUAUCAUGCUUUCCUCAGUCCACGAUCACUGAUGUGUAAAGACCUCAGUACCACAGCUGAAGAACACCCCUAAAGCUAAUGCAAUAUUUAGAUUUACAUCUCAGAUCAGAAUCUGAUUAAUUCAUAGUUAUGUUUAUGGUAAAACACACUUCCAGCUCAUCCUUUUCAGUAAGCAUUUGCCUUUUAAGAGAGUUGCCUUUUGGUAAGGCAAAAAUAGUUACUGAAAAUAGCCUUAUUAUAAUGACAUACUAGUGUGAAGUAAUGUAGCACAGUACAACCUCUGUUAUCCCAACUCCUUUGGAAAGCAGCUACCAAAGAGCUGUUCAGAUAACACAUCAUUUGGAUACAUGAAACUGCAGCAUUUUGUGAGGAAUUAUAUAUGCUAAUGCAGGAUGCAUAAUGUAAAACAAUACCAAGCUUAUCCAUAUACAUAUUAAGUACAGUAAAACUUGAGAAGUAUGUUAUACAAUACCAACAGUUACAAGUUGAUGUAUUCAAUGUAGAAACAGAGAUACAGUAUUUAAUUAAGUAAAUCCUGAAAGGGGAAUAGUUUGUAUAACAAAUACCAACAGUUACAAGUUCACAAAACAAAGUUGCUAAUCGGAUAACUGAUGAUGUACUGUGUCAGUGGUGAAAGGCACUUGGUCUUUGCCCUUUGACGCGUCCUAAGGAGGGGGAACCUUAUUUACCACCAGAAUCUAUAUUGACUUGAUGCAGACGGAGUGGGGGAAAAUUUUUAUUUUGGCUCUGGCUAAAGGAAUCUCUUCCAGUGAAAGCUUCCAUAAAAAGCAGCUUUUAUCUCAGCAAGUCUAUACCUAUUCCACUUCAUUCCAGAAAGGUGCAGUCUCUUUAUGUAAAUAUUCAUUACAUAAUAAACAUUCUUAUUAAUGCAUUAA